AAUUGUUAUAUACCAUUCAGCGAAUGAGAGAAGCCAUUGCAGUACAACUCCGUUGAUUGACUGUGGAUGACAUGCUACCACAAAGUUACAGCUGCGAUAGGAUUUAGGUAGCGGAGAUCUCAAAUUCUUCGAUCGUCCGAUUUAUGUUCUUACGUAAGUAGUCGUGUAUGCGAGUGGUUAGUAUAAGGCUGUGGGGUAUCUCCUUUCUUCAAUCAUCAUGGAUGGUAAUAAGGAUGAAGCAAUGAAGUGUGUUGCCAUUGCUAAAGAAGCGAUUGCAUCUGGUAACAAAGAGCGUGCUUUGAAGUUCAUCGGCAUUGCUCAGAGGCUAAACCAUAAUCUAAGUGUAGAUGAUCUUUUAGCAGCCUGUGAAAAUCUUGAUUCUGCAAAUCCAAGUUCAUCAAACGGUAAAAAUCAUGUUGAAAACAAGCCUGUGAAUGGAAAGCAUGUGGAGGGUAUGAAUGGAGAUGCAAAUUACACAGAGGAACAUGUCCAAUUAGUUCGUAAGAUCAGAAGAAACACAGACUAUUACGAGAUUCUUGGUGUUGAAAAGACUUGUUCUGUUGAUGAGAUUAAGAAAGCUUACAGGAAAUUAUCAUUGAAAGUUCAUCCUGAUAAGAACAAAGCCCCUGGAUCUGAAGAGGCAUUCAAGAAAGUUGGCAAAGCAUUCAAGUGUCUGAGUGAUGAAGGGUUGAGAAGCCAGUAUGAUCAAACAGGUUUGGGUGAAGGAGAAGAGUAUAACAAUCAGUAUAAUGUAAGGAGAAGAAGAAGGAGAACAGGACAAAGUGUGUUUGAAGAUGAAUUCGAUGCUGAUGAGAUCUUUAGGUCGUUUUUCGGGCAAGGCGACAUGUUUCGGGCAGCUCAUGUGUACAGGACUAGACGGGCAGGGGCAGGGGCAGGCGGGCAGGCUAGAGAGGAUACGGGUGGAGCAACGGGUCCUAAUCUGAUGUUGCUUCUUCAGCUGUUACCAUUUUUGCUAAUCAUAGUGCUUGCUUGUCUUCCAUUUUCUGAGCCUGAAUAUUCAUUACAAAGAAACUAUACUUAUCAGUUUUCAAAGAUGACUGAGGAAUAUGGAGUGGAGUUUUAUGUGAAAUCCUCUGAGUUUGAUCAUAAAUACCCUGUUGGAAGUCCUGCAAGGGGUAAUAUUGAGAAGAGUGUUAUCAGAGAUUAUAAAAAUAUUCUUUGGCGUUAUUGUAAUGUGGAACAACAGAGGCGUACAUGGAACAGAAACUUGCCAACUCCUCACUGUGACAAGCUUCGAAGCCUAGGAGUAUACUGAAGAUGCAAGAAGACGCAAUGAUGAAAUUCCUUUUCAAAUGCUCUGAUGAUUUGCGUUUUUUAAAGUAGCUGAAUCGCUCUUGUUAUUUGGGUUAAACUUUUUUUGUGUUGUGUAUGAGCGUUUGGUUGGUUCAGAUUCAGGUGAAUUAGUAUAUGUACAACCUAGUAAAGGUUUACUAUGUUGUUAACAGGUUGAAUCUCUGAAAAUGUUAUGAGAGCAUAUAGAUAGUGUUUUGGAAAAUAAAGGUCCUUUGACUAAGUGAUGAAUGGUUGUUUUGAGUUUGGUCAGAUUUCACGUAAUAGCAACUUAAUUUACUCUUGUUACUAA